GGGCGAGGGGAGCACAGUGUCCCUUCCCAUCUAUCAGACAACAGGGGCCUCCACGCUACGCCGCAGGUCCUCAGCGCUAUCUCUAGAAGCAGAGGAGGGUCUGGAGGACCUGCCUCGACCUGGCAUACUGAAACCUCCCAGUCCGCACCUGCCUCGUGCCUCCAGCUUCCGCUCCCUAUCCGAGUCAGGCCUAACGUCCUCCACCACCACAACCACCACAGGAAAGAUGAACCGCUUCAGCUCCUGCGACUCCCUCGCAUCCGUGACCUCCACCGCAAGUUCCCGCCGCCACUUGUCCAACCUGGCCAUCCCUGAGGAAGGCGAGGAGGAGCCCAGCUCGAAAGCCAUGCCUCCUCUUGGCACCUAUCAACCAAUCCGACGCCGUCUACUUGGUGGCCUGGUAGCAGAAACAGGAGAGUCGCAAUUGGGGUUGGAACCACUUGUAUUCCAGAAUCGCAGACUCCUCGGGAAUCAAGACAAGGAGAGGGCCGGAGUCGAUGCAAGGGACACCAGCUCAGACAUUCUCCCAGCCAUCCGUCGAGCGCAGUCCACCAGCAGCCUGGCAUCUAGCAGUUCCCGAACGGGCCAGAGACGAGCCCUCAGUGUGCACUUUGGGGAGUUGCCGCCCUCCAGAGCGUCACGUAGGGAGUCCGACUCGGACUCUUCAAGUUCUGGCGGAUCUCAGAAGCGCCGUGGGCCUCAAGGAGAGAGGCUGGAAGCCGAGGGCAGCGAGGACGUCAACUCGGUGAUGAAGAAGUACCUCAAAAAAGCAGAAGUCGACUAGAAGACUCAACGAGGAUAGAUGAAGACAUGGAGAAUUGACUCAGUCCAGAAUGCAUUGAGGCACAUUUAACUGGAAGCACAAAUACACUGAGGAUUUAUUUUGAGCACUGUUUGUACACAAAGAUGUUAAAGUGAACGCAUGAAAUUCCUAAAAUUCUCACUGUAAACAUGCCCUUUAUUCGAGCCGUGCUGAUACCCACGGGUGCUUCAGGUCAGGGAAAUGAAUCUUGACCAGUGAGAGCUCGCUUUCCCUCUCAGCAGUCAGUGCAAAUUUUUUGAACUCCAACAGAUGUAAAUAAAAACGUCGAGCAGAAUCAUUGGUAUUUGCUUCGACCUUUCAAAGGAGAGGAACAGCAUUACAUUCACAGAGGAAAACAACUGAAAUAGAGCCGUUUUACAAAGCAGUGAUUGUGCGUACAAAGCAGAGGCUCUCCAUAAUAAUUGAGACUGACCUGGUUUCUGCAAUCCAAUCAUUAACCUAGACUUAUUUGCCUAGGAAUGGAGUAAAGAAAAUAGUUUGUACUUAAUUGCCAGAGCAGCAUUUGAAGCUGCUAAACACAGUGUCCAAAUGCUUUGUAAUUUAAUGUGCUUGGUAAGCAUAAACAGGCUAAAGGAAUAUUCCAGUUUCAGUUAUACUAAAUUGCAGCAUUUGUGGCAUAAAUGCUGGAUAUCGCAAAGAAUAAUUUUGACUGGCUCUCCUUAAAGUUACAAUGAGGCACUGAAGAUGGAAGUUAAAGAGGCCAGUUUGGGAGGUUAUAAAAAUCAGAAAUGUGAAACUUUUUAAAAGCUCUUCAGUUCUGCUAAAACUGUACUUUUAACUGUAAGGUCAUUCAAUGUGGUCAUUACCAAUAUGCCACAAGUGCUGUAAAUUGAGCUUAACUUUAAAGUUAAGGCUCAAUACAUGAUAGAUCUACUCACUGAAAGCAGCACAUUACAGUGAUUUUACCACAGUAAGA